CGGGCUUAGCUUAGUUCAUCACCGACCUCCAUCCUCUCCGGCCUACACCGCCCACCUUCACUCACACUAUAACAUCGACGACGAUUGUCCAGACGGCCGGAAGCAGCAUCCCCCGCUUCGCGGGGAGAAGAGAUGCAAUCAGGCAAACCGAAAUGGACAGCGAACAGCAUGAUCGCUGGGGCAGGUGGCGGGUUCGUAGCCAGCAUAGCGACCUGUCCGCUCGAUGUCAUCAAAACCAAACUGCAGGCCCAGCGAGCGAGUCAUGGCCAGUACGGAUAUCUCGGCGUGUGGGGGACCGUCAAAUCAGUCGUUGUUCAUGACGGCUUGCGCGGGCUCUAUCGUGGUUUGGGGCCAACAAUACUAGGGUAUCUUCCGACAUGGGCCAUUUACUUUGCAGUUUAUGAUGGCAUUAAGACGCGAUUCGGCGAAUCUCCCCUUGGCGAAGUUCAUAUCGAGGAAGAAAGAAAGAGAGACCGCUUGUACCCCGCAGCUCAAGCUAAAGGAUAUCAGCCUUUUGCACGCGAGCACACAUGGGCCGUGCAUAUUUUGUCUGCCAUGACAGCUGGUGCAGCUAGUACCGCUUGCACUAAUCCACUCUGGGUAAUCAAAACAAGGUUUAUGACCCAGUCUCGAGGAGAAGUACGGUAUCGUCAUACGGUAGACGCGGCCACGACUAUCUAUCGCAAUGAAGGUAUACGCGCCUUCUACCGCGGCCUACUCCCCAGCCUGCUUGGCAUUACACAUGUCGCCAUCCAAUUCCCGCUGUAUGAGCAGCUGAAGUUAUGGGCUCAGAGCCGCUCGCCUGAGCCUAUUGGCAGCGACGCGAUACUCCUUUGCUCUGCGAUAGCUAAAAUGACCGCCUCAAUAGCGACCUACCCUCACGAGGUCAUCCGAACGCGUCUGCAGACCCUAAGUUUACCUCUUGCGGCGGAUGCGUCGUCCGACGGGAUGAUCAAGGAGCAUGUAAAACGGGGUGUCGUUUACAUAACCAAGAAGAUCAUUCAGAAAGAGGGCUGGGCGGGUCUUUACAAGGGACUCUCCGUUAAUCUCUUCAGAACGGUGCCAAAUAGCGCCGUGACGAUGCUGACAUACGAACUCUUGAUGCGAAAACUUUCGUCGCGCUAGUCAUGAGUCGUCCAAAGAUUACCUUUCUUUAUUCGAGCCUCGCGCAUGAUAGGACUACUGCGUGUCAGCCCAAAACAGCUAUACCUCAAUCGAGGGACCUGUCCGCCCAUCAAACCACCGAACUACCUCGCAAUCUUAUACACCCGUAUGUCUACGCUACAUACCACCAAUACUUCGACUUGUCCACCCUGCAAGAAGCAUAAUAUCGUCCGCAACGCUUAGAGAUAUAUUGAUAAGCCGUCUGUAUAUUAUCACACUCUUUCGCCGUUUAUCUUGUGCACUGUUCAUAUUCAGC